AAAUACUGGAAUCGUGACCCAAAUUUAUGGGGAUGUUUAAACGACUGGGAUAUUUAUUUUAUCGAAAACGUGAAUGGGUGUACAAAACAUGAUGCACAUAGAUCAUUGAGUUUCGAGCUUGAUAUCCUUCUUGUGGGUUUGCCAGUUGACAGUCGUGGUUAUUCCAAGGCAGUUACCCUGAGAAAGUCUUUAGAGGAGCAACAUUACCGUGCCCUGCAGUUGUUAUUGAGCGAUUUUUCGCACAAGGCAAGAUGUUUUUUGCCCGAAGUGGGAA